CCGACCCGGCACCAGCUAGAGGAGCUGCCCGUCACCAUGGUAACGCCUGCCAAGGACCCCCCAUCCCUGGACACAGCCAUUCAGCAUGCCCUGGCCGGCCUCUAUCCCCCGUUUGAGGCCACAGCGCCCACCAUCCUGGGGCAGGUAUUCCGACUCCUGGACUCUGACUUCCAGGGGGAUGGGCUGAGCUUCCUUUUGGAUUUCCUCAUUCCUGCCAAGCGCCUGUGUGAGCAAGUGCGUGAAGCAGCCUGUGCCCCGUACUCACGCCGCGUCUUCCUGCAUGAGGGCUGGCCGCUGUGCCUGCGGGAUGAGGUCGUGGUGCACCUGGCCCCCCUCAAUCCCCUCUUACUGCGCCAGGGAGACUUCUACCUCCAAGUGGAGCCCCAGGAGGAGCAGUCUGUCUGCAUCACGGUCAAGUGCCUCUCCUUGGACCUCCGCACAGUGGACACGAAGCCUGUUCCCGCGUCAUCCUACCCUGUACUUUUCACCCAAACGUGGCUGGAGGCCAUCAACAGUGACUUUGAGGGGGGCCCCCUACACAACUGCCUGGUAGCUUCAGAAGAUGGGGUUGCUCCUGUGCCCUGGGCCAAGAUAGCCAGCCCAGAGUUUGUGGAUGACAGACCCCAAGCAGUGAAUGUCCUCUCCCCAGCCUGGGGGUCCCUUGAAUUAGAGGCCCUCGAUUUGAGCAGCCCCACAGAGCUUCAUCAGCCCAGGCCCUCAGGCAGCCAGGUGCUGCUUGCCCGGAGCUUGGCCAAGGGCAAGGGCGGGACUCACGGGGACAAGUACCCUGGACUCAUCAAAGUGGAACAAGCCAGGCCUGGGGAGGUGGCCCUUAGGAUGGACAGCGUGGCCAGCCAGGACCUCGAGGGAGACUAUGUGGCCCUCCUGGAGAGCAGAGGAGGGUCUCCCAGUAGGGAAGUGGAGACGUCCAGUGGGUGUCCUUUGGGGGCACUGGAGGAACCAGCCAGAACUAAGGAAAUCCCUUUCUCUCAAAGGAUGCUGCCUCUUUUGGGGGACAGUGGGGAACCUUCCUUGGAAAAAUGGGCUUGUGAGAAGCCAGCAAGUGCAGAAGAGGAGACCUGCGGGUUGAUCUUGAGGAGGAAGGUCAACUAUAAAGUUAACCCACCCAGCCGUGACUCAGAACAUCAGCCCCAGGAGCCCUACCUCAACAUCCUUGGAAAGCCACUGCCCUGUGCCUCUGGCCUUGAGAUGCAAGAACCUCUGGGAAACCCAGAAAAUAUGGUCCAACUCAGGCCUGACCCAAAACGAGCAUCCUUCCUACACCUGUGCUCAGCUUCCCCGCCUGCUGCUCCAGCCCCUGAAACCAAGAUGGAAGAGAGGGCCAGACAGGGGCAUGGGACACUUCCCAAGCCUGAGACUGGCCCCCCUCGGAACACCUCCUCUUCCAGAUCCCCUACUCCUGGGCUCAGAGUCUCCUUCUUGAAAGGACAGAGGCAAGCCCCGGUGCCCCCUGAGAAAGCCUCCCUCCAGCACGACAGGCCCUGGAGAGUCUUGUGCUCGCUCUCCUCUCCCAAACCCAACCGAGCCAGGUGCUUGGGGACAGCUGGAACGACUCAGACCAAAACAUCUGGCCCAGCUGCUGACUCAGGCCCACUGACUGGGGAAAAGGCCGGCUUCCCAGAAGUCAUUCCAGAAAUAGGCCCCCCUCUGGAUGAGGAGUCCCCAGAGCCUGAGCCUAGGAUUGGGGCUCUGAGUCUGGAAAUCUUCCAGUCACGGAUAGCAUGCCUGCCAGGUGGUCGGGACAGGGCGGGCAGGCGCCUGCUUUUGGUGUCAACCGCUGAGGGGGCCUGGGAGGCACCGUGGUGCACCGUCUCAGAAGUCACCAAGUUGCUCUCCUACCUGUGCACCGUCCCCAGGCCUGAAGAUAAAACUAAGGGGCUGGCGGUUGUGAUUGAUGCCCGGAAACAGCCUCCACACCCUGGUCUGGUCAGUGCCCUGCAGGCCACCCAGGCUCUGGCCCCAGCCUCCAUCUGCGCUGUGUUCUACCUGGGAGAGAAGGAGGCCGCUCUCCAGCUAGAAAUGUUACCUGGUACCCAGGUAGAGGUGGUGACCUCACUGAGAGCUCUCAGCCACCACGUGGACCCCGGCCAGCUGCCCGCAGCCCUGGAAGGCCCCUUCCCCUACUGCCACAGCGAGUGGGUGCAAUUCUUCCAGAAGCUGGACCGUUUCCUUGCUGAUCUGCACCAGGUCUCCUCCCUGCUAAAGGCUUCCAUCAAGCAGUUUGAGAAGAGUGACCCCCCUGGAGGGGUGCAGGAAGCCUCCAGGUGUCUGAGCAAGUCCAAGGAGCUGAUGGAGACGGUGCUGAAGGACCCAGGCCUGCUGGGCCUCCAGAGGGAAGGGGGAGUCACUCUGGCCAGGCUGCGGCAGGAAGCUGGGAGGCUGGACGACAACCCUGAUGUCAGGAGCCGUCUGGCCGAAGCCGCCGCCUGGUAUGGCCUCGUGGACGAGCAGCUACAUGUCCUGGUCACUGCAUCUAACCACCUCCUGGGGAGGCUGGAGCUCCGCAUCCGCCUCGGCCGCCUGGAAGCCGCCAUCCACCAGGUCAGCAACUGGAUGGAGCAGGAGGGGAGCCAGUGCCUGCAGGUGCUGACGCCCAAAGACAGAAGCUUGGAGACUGUGGAGAAAGCCCACGCGGAGUUUGAGGACUUCUUCCUCCAGGCUGCAGCCCAGUACCGCCGUGGCCUGGAACUGUCCAAGCGGGCAGCUCAGCUGGGGGCCACGGCCGGAGCGGCGGGAGGAGCGCAGUGCCCGGAGCUGGCCGCCUUCGCGUCCACGCAGCGGGCCUUCCAGGCCAAGCUGACCCACUUCUACAUGGCGGCUGAGCGGCAACGCACAGACCUGGAGACGCUGCUGCACCUGCACCACUUCUGCAGGAAGAUAACCUGGUUCCACGCGGACUGUCAGGACCUGAUGAGGCAGCUCCGGCUGGGCAAGACGCCAAAGGCCAGCCCUGGGGACCAGCGCUGCCUCCACCGCUACCUGCAGCGUCUGGCGUCCGAGUUCCCCGCCGAGAAGCUCCGCGCCAUGGGGCUGCAGGUGGCCUCUCUGAGCCAGGAGGGCCCGGGCCAGGCACUGUGGGAGGAGGCCCGGGUGAGGCAGGAGGAGAUCCAGACCCUCCUGAAGAAGGCGCUGGCCCACUGUCCGUGCCCAGCGGGGCCCACCGCCCACGCGGCACACCCGGAACUAAAAAGGGCAGCUGCCAAGGGUCAGGGUCUGAAUGCAGAUAUCGCUUCCCAGGAAAGGCAGGGCCUGCCCCUCCGGGACUCACUGUGCCCAGAUCGUUGGCCACAUUCCUGGUGGCCUCGGGCCCCUGCAGAGGAGCAGAACAGAGAUUUCCAGACAGGCCUUCUGCCCCAGGAAGCUGGCCAGGCUGUGGAGGCUGAUGAAGUCAAAAGCUCCCAUGAGCCCUUUGAUCCUGCCCCUGAGCCUUUCCUCACCCCCGUCUUCUCCUGGCAGCGACCCCCUGGGCAGAGUCAGGGCUGCCAUCCCACUGGAGGCAGCUUCUCCUCGGAGGGACUCACAGAUGCCUCUGGAGAACUCACCCCGGACCAGUCUCCCUGCGUCUCUCUAGCUAGGACCCCCGCCAAUCACACCAGACUCCAGAGGGUGGCUGGGGAAGGGCCCAGUGACAAGAGGAAAUUGGGGAGCCCUGGCUGAGCCCCUCUGGACACGGCUCCUGGGCAGUCGCUGUGUGUUUGGCCUAUGCCAGGAGAGGGCAGGAGCCUGAGCCCACUCUGAGCCCCGGGAAACUGCAGGAAGACCUGACUCCGGAUGGGAAUAGGGAGUAAGGAGGGCAGGGCAGGGCAUAGUGGAGCCUGGGACGGCCUACACAACCCCCACAUCCCAUCGCGGGACAAGUAGUUGGUACAGAACCUUCCAGAAGUCUCAGUCCCAGGCAAGCCAACAACCGCCUGGAGUUCAGGGGUGCACAGCCUUCUCCUUGGGGUCGUGAGUGGGGGGAUUGGGGAGUGGCUUCUUAACUG